AUGACCACCAGACGGCGCCUUCCGCUGGGGCUCUUCGCGGCGGUGGACCUCGGUUCCCGCAGCUUCCACCUCACCGUCGCCCGGGUCCACGGCGAGAACAUCGAAGUGGUGGACCGGGUGAAGGAGCCGGUGCGGCUCGCCGCCGGCAUCCGGAACAAGGCCGUCGAACCCGCGACGUGGCGGCGCGCCGCAGCCGCGCUCGCCCGAAUCGGGGAACGCAUCCGGGAUAUCCCGGCCGGCCAGGCGCGCGCGGUGGGCACCAACGCCUUCCGGCAAGUGAAGGACCGGAAGGCAUUGCUCGGCGAUGCGACGAAAGCUCUCGGGCAUCGGGUGGAGAUCAUCUCCGGCGUGGAGGAAGCGCGGCUCAUCUAUGUGGGAGUCAGUACCCUUUUUCCGGAGGAAAACGGCCGCCGGCUGGUGCUGGAUAUCGGAGGCGGCAGCACCGAAUUGGUCAUCGGACAGGGGGAGGAGCCGCUCCGGGCGGCAAGCCUCUAUAUGGGGUGUGUUUCCUUCACGGGCCGCUUCUUCCCGGGCGGCGUGAUCACCGAGCCGGCCUUCGUCGCCGCCGAGACCGAGGCCCGCCGCGAACUCGAGACCGUGGAGGAAGGAUUUCUGGCGCUCGGGUGGUCUCGGGUGUUGGGAUCCUCCGGCACGGUGCUGGCCGCCGCCGAGCUUCUGCGGUCAAACGGCGGCCUGACCCGGGUGGCGCUGAAGGGGCUCAGGGACCGGAUGAUCCGCGGCGCCCACGUGGAAGCCCUCGCCCGCGGACCCGCUGCUAUUCCGGGGUUUCCCGCCGAUCGGGCGUUGGAUUUCCCCGGCGGCAUCGCGGUCCUGCGCGCGGCCAUGGAGACCUUCGACAUCGAAAGGAUCGAGCCGGCCGAGGGAGCGCUCCGUGAGGGCGUGCUCUUCGACCUGAUCGGCCGGCGCCGGAGGCAGGAUGUCCGGGAGAGCACGAUCCGGAACCUCAUGACCCAGUACCGCGUGGACCGCGAACAGGCGGAGCGGGUCAAGGCCACCGCGCUGGUCGGCCUGAGACAGCUAAAGCGGCCGUGGGGCCUCGAACACGAGGCGCACGAACGGUUUCUGCGCUGGGCGGCCGAGCUGCAUGAGGUCGGCCUCUCCGUCUCCUUCAGCGGCCAUCACCACCACGGCGCCUACAUCGUGCGCAACACGGACAUGCCGGGCUUUUCGCGGGACGACCAGGAACUGCUCGCCGCGCUGAUCGAGACCCACCGGCAGAGGCUGCGGCCCGGGCGCUUCGAGAAGAUGACUGCCGCCGAUCCCGUCACCAGCGGCCGACUGGCCGCCAUCCUGCGGAUCGCGGUCCUGCUCUGCCGGCGCCGCAGUCGCGAGCCCCUGCCCCUUAUUGAGGCCAGCGCGCCCGACGGUCAGCUUGAGCUCGCUUUCCCCCCGGGCUGGCUCGACCACCACCCCCUGACCCGCGCCGGCAUCGCGAAGGAGGCGGAACAACUCGCGGCCAUCGGGAUCGAGCUCCGCGUCCGGGAUCGCUGA